AUGGAACUCAAUCAGAAUCGUAUUGUUCCAAUGCGUUUAUUCGCAAAUUGGGAGACAGGUGGUGAUCGAGCCUCAACCAGUGCAGUACAGCGAAUGUUCACCAUGGCAUUAUCACGGUUGAGUAUUAACCCAUUCCCAGAUCAGCAAUGUACGCUGGUUGUUACAGUGAAACUCCAGGGAUAUAAACGAACGUUACGAAGUAAUGAUUUUGCUGUGACAGCAGUGAAUGGUAAACUUGACGUUGACCUGAAUAUUUCGUUCACCAUUCAGUAUCCACACUUUUUGAAACGUAAAAGUAAUAUUCUACAAAUCCUAUUGCAACGUCGAAAGCGCUACAAAAACCGUCAGAUUCCAGGAUAUAAAACGUUGGCUAUCGGAACAGUGAAUUUGGCAGAGAUUUUGCAGAAUGGUUCAUUGAGAGAGAUUUUAUUGUACGAUCCGGACGCAGAAAAAGAAGAACUGCCAACAAACAAUUUGUGUAUCGGUCGUUUGCUGUUAGCAUCGUGUCAAAGUCAAGCAUUUGAAGUGGAGAAUGAAGUGGUGACAGUGCAAAGAAUAAAAGAGAAAUACAUCGAAAGUGGAGGUGAAGAAGAGGAGGAAUCAUCAACCGAUAUGCCUUAUUCGGACAACGACCACGAUCAGAUACCUGACUCUGCCAGGUCGAGGGACCAUCAUAAGCGCAGAAUGAAGAUGCGAGAUGACACAACGCGUCAACGCAAACUGGCAGCUAGGAAGAAUCUGAAGCAGAAAUUUGCGUCGUUAUUGAAGAAGUUUCGAUUGCCCGAAGAAGUUGGUGUGGAUGAGACAUCGCAAUCGGCCGGUGUAGCGCCGACAGCUGAGGAGCUGGAGGAGUUGUUCGAGGAGUUGGAGGAUUUGUCGGAUUCGGGUCCGGAAAUGGUGAUGGAUAAUUUGAGUAUUGUGAGUAAUCCUCGACCGGGCCUGAGACCCUAUUUCGCAUCGACUUCAUCCAGAGAGCUUUUGCCUGCGAUCAACGAUGAUCGGUGUCAAAGUGAUGAAAGUGAAGAUGAGGAGUGGAGUGGUGCAUCUGAGAUUGAGAAUAAUAACGUCGUGUUGACUGGUGCUGCUGCUAUUGGAAAUAUCUCAAGUUUUUCUCAGAAAAGACCAGCAUCUGGAGGGGUCGCACACCGCGGCACUGCGCUUUUGUCGUCGUGUCGUGCCACGACCAGUCUCGAUUCAUCAGCUCCACUCAAUAGUAAUAAUAAUAACGGUAAUAGCGAUAACAGAACCAUAACUCAAUCGAUCAGCAGUGUUAUUAACGCAAACGUUAAUAAUAAUAAUGAUAACAACAACAACACCACCCCAACAACGAAUAUACCGUCGAGUUCGAGUAUGGGAGUGACGGUAUCUGGAGGUGCUGCAGUUCACCCAUUAGUGCAUACCUCUUUGACACUUGGUUCAAUAUCACAAUCGGCUAGCAGUAAUAGUGGUAAUGGGAACGGUGGUGAUCACAUGCUAGCGAGUCGGCGAAAGAUAUCGCUGGCUGAAGUAAAAGCGAGAAGUGAUCCAUUCACACCGAGAACAUUCACAAUAUCUGAUCAAUUGAGUUCAGUUUUGCGUGAUGAUGAGCCGUGGAGUGUUGAGGAUAGGAUUUGGAUUUGUUCGAUGGCUGAACUACCGAUGCUAGCAUCUCUUGAUCCGUCACUCUGUUUACUGGAUUGCUCAUCGUUCAGUGAUUGCAAACUGUUAAUCUCGUCGAUUGUGGCUAAAAUCCAGAAAUUUUGUAACACUUCAUCGAGCACACCACCAUGUACAGUUUUGGGUGUGAUUGGUGGUGAUCGAUUGCUGAGUUAUGUGCUGCGUGCUUAUGUGGAAUCAUUGCAGAAUAAACAACCUGAUUGGAUCAACUUCUUGAAAUUUUGUGUAAUCUCGCCACCGUCAAGUGCAAUCGGCAAGACGCUGACGUUGCUAGACGGAGGACGUUCAUCGUUCUUCCUGAAGGAUAGCUUCGAACGAGGCACCUCUCCAGACUACUCGCCCACUGAUCUGAAGGUGUUGACUGAACGUUUACGAGGUUUCAGUGAAGGUGCUACACACCGACUGCCAAUUGGUGAAGCGAUGCUACAGUUUCAUAACAAAAGUGGCGAAGACAAGGAUGCAUGUACUCAAGUGUUUGUACCGUUCUUAUCGGAAGUGCAUUUGGGACAGACGGAUGACGACUACGAAUGUGUUCUGUUGUCAGCACGUUUCAGUGAUGAGAAUCAGGUCGUCAACGUAACGGCACCUGGAGUUGGUAAUACAACAUCGUUGUACUGCUCACCGCCUUCAUCACCGCACAGUGUGCAACGUCCCAUAUCGGAUUCACAAGAUCUACAAAUCGAAUAUUGGAUUUCGACAAAUCCAUUGGGUACAACAGGAGUGAGCGAUAUACAACAACAACAGCAGCAACAACAACAGCCAAUGUGCUGUUCUCCAGGAAUUGGACCGUCGUCAGUUGGUAGCACAGUGGCAAGUCCACCGCCGGUGGCUGGCACCGUUUCUUCGUCACUACCUGCAUCCGUCUUAUCGUCGUCAUCAAAGAAAGAUCCUCAGCCAGUGAAAUGUUCCCUCCGAUCAGCGUUCCGCUUAUUUACAAUCACACGAAAUCCACAUUGCGCUCUCUUGUCAUUCCAGUUCAUCAAGGAGAAGAAACGUGAAAAAAUGCUACAGAAAUUGGGAAUGAAAAAGGGACAGAAAAGUGAUUCAGAGACGCAAACUCCAGCGCAAACGAUCAGUAAUGUGACCAGAUUGAUAUGCAGUGGAAAACAUCCGUUGAAUGUGUGCAUCGAUGGGUGUUCAUGGAGUGGUGUGAGGUUUUUCCAAACUUCAUCCCAAUGGCAAACUCACGUGAAACAGUUUCCAAUCUGUCUACCGGCCUGA